AUGUACGAGCGCAUCUCCCAGGUCGGUGAAGGAACCUACGGUCAAGUCUUCAAAGCGCGCGGUGAAAAGACUGGAGUUGUUGUCGCGCUGAAGAAGAUCCGAAUGGAGUCAGAAAAGGAUGGUUUCCCGGUCACGGCCAUGCGUGAAAUCAAGCUCCUUCAGGGGCUGCGACAUCCAAAUGUAGUUCGGUUGCACGAGAUGAUGCUCUCAAAAAACUCGAUCUACAUGGUGUUUGAAUAUCUCGAGCAUGACCUCAACGGCAUCCUUUCGCAGCCAACAGUCCUUUUUGAGCCUUGCCAUCUCAAGUCUCUCGCCUCGCAGCUCCUCUCGGGCUUGGCUUACCUUCAUCACCGCAGCAUUCUCCACCGAGACCUGAAAGGUUCCAAUCUGCUCCUCAACAAUGCCGGCGUGCUCAAGCUGGCCGAUUUUGGCCUAGCGCGCAGUUACAUGAAGCGGAAGCGUGGCGACUACACCAACCGAGUCGUCACACUUUGGUACCGUCCUCCGGAGCUCCUUCUAGGCGCGACACAAUAUGGCGCUGCGGUCGAUGUAUGGGGCGCCGGAUGCAUUUUUCUCGAGCUUUUCACGAGAAAACCUGUGCUACAAGGCCAGGACGAGAUUGAUCAGGUCAAGGUCCUCUUUGAGAUGCUGGGACGCUAUGGGCAGGGCGGAGGAGACGGCGUCGACGAGGAGUGGCCCGAAAUGAGAAAUCUACCCUGGUACGACCUCAGCCUCUUUUCGAAAUACGCACCGUCAGACGCCCUCGACGUCGUUGAUCGACUGCUGCACUUUGAUCCCGCCAAGAGGGCCUCUGCUGCUGAGGUCCUCGAGCUGCCGUACUUUGCUGCCAACGAGCCAAAGGCCGAACGACCGGCCAGGGUGCUCAGCGCAGUUGAGGGCGAAUGGCACGAAUACGAGAGCCGCCGCGCGAGGAGGCAGAAGAUCAUCCAGCAACGGGAAGAGCAGCAUCAGCCACAGGAAGAUUCAAUGACUCUAACAGACGACAAGAGGGAAGCCUCUGCAUGA